CGCGCCAGCGGGUGGUGGGGUUUCCGCUUCCGGCGCGCCUCGCUCUGGUCCCUGCGGCUGGCGGCCGAGCCUUGUGCCUCCGCCAUAUUGUCUGUGUGCGGCCGGCGGGCGGGCGGCGAGCGGGCGGCCGCGGCAGUUGGAAGAACCAGAGGCCUGUCUGAGGCCUUUCUCCUCUGUCCUACUGUGGAGAUUGGGUAGCCUCUGGUUUCAGCCAUCUCAUCGCUUCCACCUGCCAACCUGUCUGAUAUGUCGGGACCCGUGCCGAGCAGGGCCAGGGUUUACACGGAUGUGAACACACACAGACCCCGGGAGUACUGGGACUACGAGUCGCAUGUGGUUGAGUGGGGAAAUCAAGAUGACUACCAGCUAGUUCGAAAAUUAGGCCGAGGCAAAUACAGUGAAGUAUUUGAAGCCAUCAACAUUACAAAUAAUGAAAAAGUAGUUGUUAAAAUUCUCAAGCCUGUUAAAAAGAAGAAAAUCAAGCGUGAAAUCAAGAUCUUAGAAAACUUGCGAGGCGGUCCCAAUAUAAUCACUCUUGCAGAUAUAGUAAAAGACCCUGUGUCUCGGACCCCUGCUUUGGUUUUUGAACAUGUAAACAACACAGACUUUAAGCAAUUAUAUCAGACAUUAACAGAUUAUGAUAUUCGAUUCUACAUGUAUGAGAUUUUGAAGGCUCUAGAUUACUGCCAUAGCAUGGGAAUCAUGCACAGAGAUGUCAAACCUCACAACGUCAUGAUUGAUCAUGAGCACAGAAAGCUUAGACUAAUAGAUUGGGGUUUGGCUGAGUUCUAUCACCCUGGCCAGGAGUACAAUGUCAGAGUGGCUUCCAGAUAUUUCAAAGGACCUGAACUCCUUGUAGAUUAUCAGAUGUAUGAUUACAGUCUGGAUAUGUGGAGCUUGGGUUGCAUGUUGGCUAGUAUGAUAUUCCGAAAGGAGCCAUUUUUCCAUGGCCAUGACAACUAUGAUCAGCUGGUGAGGAUAGCCAAGGUGCUGGGAACAGAAGAUCUGUAUGACUACAUUGACAAAUACAACAUUGAACUGGAUCCACGUUUCAAUGACAUCUUGGGCAGACACUCCCGUAAACGAUGGGAGCGCUUUGUUCACAGCGAGAACCAACAUCUGGUGAGUCCUGAAGCUCUGGAUUUCUUAGACAAGCUGUUGCGAUAUGACCACCAGUCACGACUCACAGCAAGAGAAGCCAUGGAACACCCCUACUUCUAUCCCAUUGUGAAAGACCAGGCUCGGAUGGGCUCGUCCAACAUGCCGGGUGGCAGCACUCCUGUCAGCAGUGCAAGUAUGAUGUCAGGGAUUUCUUCAGUGCCAACACCUUCACCCCUUGGACCUCUAGCAGGCUCACCUGUCAUUUCUGCCACCACCACCCUGGGGAUGCCCGUUCCAGCUGCUGCAGGCGCUCAGCAGUAGUGAUGGGUUCUGUCUCCUGCUGCCUGAGCUGAGUCAGGUGGGGAAGAGGUUUCCCCCUCCGCCUCUCCUCAGGACGCAGCUCGUGCCUGGCAGGGGAAGGGAGGGGAUGAACGCUUUGGAGGCACCGUGUCUGAACUGUUGCUUGUGGAUUUAUAGUAGUUCAGUCAUUAUAUACAAAAUUAUUAUAGGCUGAUUUUUCUUUUUUUACUUGAACUUUUCGUAACUCAGGGGAUUCCCUGAAAAUACCUACAGAUGGAAAAUUUCUUGGACAGUUUCCCUUCCCCCUUCCUCCCCCCCCCC